CGUACGGAGGCAGUAGUGCAGGAUUCAGGAAGAAGAUGAAAACUCAGCGGGAUCAAAUGGGGCUGGGCCUGGGUUGGGCCUUGCUUCUCCUCGUCUCUUCGUCUCUGUCGGCCGCUCACCCGGUCGCCGAAAAGAAACCGGAGAGACCCGAGGUCACACCCGACAUGACCGGACCCUACUUCCAAGGCGACAUCAUGACCCUCCCCGGCGGAGAUCCCAUGAGAAACGCGCUGUUGGAUCCGAACCUUCUAUGGCCAGACGGAAUCGUCGUAUACCAACUCUCAUCUUCCUUCAGCGAAGAACAGAAGCAGGUGUUCGAGCAGGCCAUCUCCAUCUACGAAGAAAACACGUGUCUCCGAUUCCGAGAGAGAACCUCCGAAGCUGGCUACAUCAACGUCGUCCACGACCCCGAUACCACCUGCAGCUCUUACGUCGGAUACCAGGGAAGAAGCCAAGAGAUGUUUUUGUCGGAUCGGUGCUUCCUGCAGAUCGGCAUCGUCCUCCACGAGAUCAUGCACGCCGUAGGCUUCCACCACGAGCACGGUCGGGCCGAUCGCGACGAUUGGGUCGUCAUCAAUUGGUUUAACAUCCAAGAAGAUGGCGUAUGCAUUCGAAAAAUACAGUCUGGACGAGAUCACGCACCUUGGCACGGAAUACGACUACGGGAGCGUCAUGCAUUACGGGCCCUACGGAUUCGCCAUCGAUCCCGACAUUCCGACCAUCGUUCCCAUCUUUGCGGAGCUCGGAGACAUCGGUCAGCGAGAGGGCUUCAGCGACAACGACAUCCUCAAGAUCAACCGCCUCUACGAGUGCCCGCAACACUAACGUCCGCGACGAGAACCCGGGAAUAAAUAUUAAUACAUUCUGCCGGCGAGAAA